AUGCUGAAGCACAAGAAUGUGGUCAUCUUGCCAAGUAACAGCUUAGAUCCUGAACCAUUAGAUCUGAGGGUUCCUAAAAAUGAAAGGAUACCUGAAGAACCUAUGACCACCGUUCCAAGCCAAGAAGAACUUGGCGGUCAACUACUUAUCAAGCUGUUACAACAACAAAUUCUUCUUUCUAUGCUCCCGCAACCUGAAGUAGUGGAAGAAAAGAAAAAAUUGUCCUGUAGGUCGAAAGAGAAGAAGAUGAAGCAGUGUUUGGAGAAAGUGGAUAUGGUUGUCAACGUGCGGAGAUCUGAGGCGAAUGCUCGGGAGCGAAAUCGUGUACAACAUUUAGCCGAUAUGUUUGAUAGGUUGAGGUCCGUAUUGCCGAUUGAAGACGAUGUGAAAAUCUCGAAAUUGGCCACUUUGAAGAUCGCCUCCGCCUACAUCCGCUAUCUCGGUUGUGUUUUGGACACAAAUGAUGUACAUCGAUUAGUCGAAUGUGAGCAGAUUCUUAUGCUCAGCAUAUGUGAAGCAAAAAUAUUCCCAAAGAAAGUGGUCACCUUUUGA